AUGGGCAGCACCGCCGACAAAAUCACCCUUUACACCAACCACCGCUGUCCGUGGGCGCACCGCGCACACAUCGUAGUCAAGGAACUUGGUCUCAAGUACGAAGAAGUCAUCAUCGACCUCGACAGGCCACGCGAGCCAUGGUACCUUGAAGUGAACCCUCGCGGUCUCGUCCCCGCGAUCAAGUUCAAUGACCAAAUCGUCACCGAAUCCGGUGUCGUCGCCCGCUUCCUUGCUGAUGCAUACCCAUCCCACCUCAUCCCCGCCACCGGCACCGUCGACGCUGCGCUGACACGCGCACGCAUCAACUUCUUCGUCGAUACCUGGUUUGACAAAGUCGGAUCAUACUGGUUCCAGAUCCUGCGCGCUGAAGAUGCCAAGAAGGAGGAGCUGGUGAAGGAGUUCGUGGAGAAGAUAGAGAAGGAGAUUGAGCCGCUGCUCAAGGACGCGAGUCCAUUCUUUGGAGGCAGUAAGAAGGUGACGCUUGCGGAAGCGUUGACGGCGCCCUUCAUUCUGAGGGUUUAUUCGUUCUCAAAAAAUGGGCUGCUGCCGAGGAGUGUGCUAGAGGGGCUCGAGAAGCUGCCUAACUUCAGCAAGUGGGCACAGGCGGUCAAUGAGGAGGAGAGUGUGACAUAUAUCUGGAACGCGGAUGAGGUCAUCUCAGCGACGAAGAAGAAGAUUGAGAGCCUGAAAGCGGCGGCUAAGUAA